GCUGCCGAUGUGUCGACGUACGUUGCUGGACAUACUAGUUCAAAAGUGUUGAUCAUAUGCCAUUUGUUAAUGGUAUACUUUGAUGAAAUUUCAACUACUAUGUCUCCACAUGGCAGAAAUGUUGCAGCCCUGCGCUGGGUGUUGCUGGGGCUCAUGGCUUCCUCCCUCCUCACUCCCUUACUUGCCGCCUCACUCCCCAGCGAGGCAGAGCCUAUGCAAGAGGAGGCUGCCGAGAGGAAGUUUGUGAGCAAGCCCAACGACAUCAAGAAAAUCAGGAGCCAAAUUGAGAAGCAAAGCGCGGCGAUCGCGUCAGGGGAACAGAAGAGGCCAGCGGAGCACGAGACCGGUUUCCAGUGGGGCAACCUGGCUGGCAUGGCGCUCAAGAUGAUGGUGGGGGGACCUGCCAACGACCCCAGCAACAAGGCUGAUACCAUCUCACAGCUCGCUUUGUCAAGCGUGCUGUCUUUGCAGAGCGGCGAGAUGACCUGGACUAAGGUUAUUUCCUUGGUCAUGGAGAUCAUUUUAAACCUCGUGGGCGGGGGCGACAGUAACGCCAUCGACAGACAAGAUGUCCAGCCAAGUCCUGUGCAGAACAUCAUGUCUGCUGUGAUCGCCUUCAUGACGGGCUCUCAGGACCAGCGGGAGAUCAACAUUCUGGCGCGCCAGGCAUCUGAGCUGCUGGGCCUCGCGGUGUCGCUCCUAGACGCGCUACGCACGAGCUUCUCACAGCGCUCCCUGGAGGCGCGCUCCCUGGGCACCUCCGACCCCAUGGCCGACGUUGCUGUAGCCACCACGUCCAUGAUUAAGAGUUUCGUGAAGACAUACAACACAGAGGACGACCUCUGCAUGCAGAAGUUCCUGUGCGAGGCUAACCGCGAGUGCGUCGAGGGUACAAGCGACGCUGGUUAUCUUUUCUGCCAGAUCGGCACAUACGGCAUGAGCUACGCGCUGGAGCGCUCGACGUACACUCCGUUCGAGAUCUACAACGACGCGGGACGCCGCGGCCGCAUAGGCGAGGACUGUGUGUUGGCCUACCACGACUGUAACGAACUCUAACUGCAACUAUCGUGUUCGGGACCAAGCUAUAAUAAGAGUUACGAGUUUGUAACUCAAUCAGCCAAUCACUAGGUGAUUUUCAAGCGAAACCCGCCAAUCACAGACGAGAAAUCUGCCGCUACGUUUACUUAGGCCGCUACGUGUAAUGUAGCGAGUUUUAGUAGUACGGCCCUAGUGUGUACGAAUAUCAACUGUGAUCAAAAUAAAAGAAAUUCUUCUGGAUUUAUCCCGAAAGCUGGGCAUGGUUCUCUUAGAACUUAAUUUUUUGGGGUAUUUCUAUUCGCCCAAAAACAUAUGCUACUUCACUGGAAAUUUGAAAAUUACCAGAAAUCAUCCGUAGCCUCAUUUAAAAUUUUAU